CAUCAAAAGAGUACAUUUACAAUGUCAGUUUUGCUCAUCAUUUGGAUGCUUUGUACUCUGGAUUCGUCAGACUCUGCUCCUGACAAAUGCCAAGAUGAGAUAGACCGUCUUCAGGCGGAGUUGACGAGCUUGGAACUUCGGCAUACAAAGCAACAGCAACUUAUUCAACGAUUAAUGAAUCUCAACCAGAAGGAUGAACGCCCCUUUAAAGCAGGCUCAUUUUAUGACACAGGAGACAAACAGUACUUGGACUGUGCUCAGAUCUUCAAAAACGGCAGCACGCAGAGUGGAUUUUAUAUGAUUAAACCACAGCUAAGUCCAACCUGGAUGAGAGUGUACUGUGAUAUGACUGAGGGGGGUGGAUGGACAGUCUUCCAGAGACGCUCAGAUGGCAGUCAGUCAUUUGACAGAGAUUGGAAUGAUUAUAAAAUAGGAUUUGGUGACAUGAAGUCUGCUAAUGGAGAGUUCUGGUUAGGAAAUGAUAAUCUGCAUUAUCUGAUAUCUCAAGAUGAUUACACCCUGAGAAUCAAUCUGGAAGACUUUGAGGGCAGCCACCGUUUUGCAGUGUACAGAACAUUUAACGUGGACAAUGAACAGAACCAUUACCAGCUCCAGUUUGGCGUGUACACAGGAAAUGCAGGGGACGCUCUCUCUGGAAGUUACCAUCCUGAGGUUCAGUGGUGGGCCAGCCAUCAAGGAAUGAAGUUCAGCACACGAGACAGAGAUAAUGACCAUUAUAAUCGCAGUUGUGCUCAGGAGGACAAGGGUGGCUGGUGGUUUAACAGAUGUCACUCUACCAAUCUGAAUGGGUUCUACCACAGAGGCCCCUACAGCGCAGUCACUGAUGAUGGAAUAGUGUGGUACCCUUGGCAUGGCUGGUGGUACUCCCUCAAAUCUGUGCAGAUGAAGAUCAGACCGGCCAGCUUUGAGCCUAGUGAUGUUUAAUUCAUGGAUCUGAUAUCUGAACCAUGAAAUGAUGAAUUUGUGGAUGAUGACAAAUUACAUUAUAGUCCAUCUUAGUAGUCCAAUUCUUAACUCUACAUAUGUAGUUAAAAAGCUCUUCUCCUGCAUGUAUCGCAAUAAAGUUUUCAACACAUC